AUGAACAUCAAUCAUUUUAUGUUUAUUAUUCUAUUUUUUAUUGGAUGUUUAUCAUUAAUCAAUCGAAUAAAUUGUUUGAAUAAUAAUACAUCAACAAUGUUAAUUUUAGCAACAUCAUCAACAUCAUCAUCAAUCAAUGAUUAUUUUAAACGUCGAUUAUCAAAACAUUUUAUUUCUAAAAAUAUUAAUUUUACUAAUGAUAAUAUUACUUCAUUAACUAAUCGUAUACAUAUAUUUGAUACUUCAUAUAAUUAUAAUACAAUGAAAUAUAUACCAACUUUAACUAAAACACAAAUUAAAGUUAUUAUAACUGUUGUUAUUUUUAUUAGUUUUAUCAUGUUUAUUAUUGCAAUAUUUCGAUUUAAAAAUGCAUGUCGCAAUGAUGAAACAGACAAUUUACAAACAGAUAUUAUUCGAAAUCGUACGUUACAAUAUAAUGAACCAAGUUCGAGACGUGGUAGUGUUGGAUAUUAUACACGAAAAUAUAGUCGAACAACAAGUAUUCGUUCAGACGAUCAAAUAAAUAACUUGUUACCAACUAAACGACUUAGUAUUCCUGCUUGUGAUCAAUCGUCAAAAUCAACAGCUGUCAUUGUUUUAUCGUCUUCACCCGUAGAUACAACAGACGUUACACAUCAUCAUCAUGAUGUCAUCUCCUCCUGUGACACAUCGAAUAUUCCUAAUCAACAAAUAUCAAUUACUUCAACUUCAUCUAUUAAUAUAAAGCCAGUUGUAGACAAAUCAAAUUCUCCUAUUGGUAUAAAUCCAGUAAGUUUCUAG